AUGGCAUACAAUCGACUUUUUAUCUAUUUUAUAAUCAUAAUGGUGAUGUCUUUUGCAAUUGAACAAUCAAAUGGAAUUUAUGUUGAUUGUCAAGCACGUUGUAUGAUAACAUCACGACGUGAACGUAAUAGAGAUACAUUACAAAUGUGUCGUGAUGAAUGUGAAUUAAUGGAAUUACUUGAACAAGAAGAUGCAAGAGAAGGAAAACAUUACAAAUAUAGAGGAUACAAUUAA